AUGAAAGCAGAAUUUGACAUGACAAUUGCUGGGAAGACUGUGUGUGUCUCUCUGCUGCUCYUCAUUGCCAAGCUCAUGGGAACAGUGGGGAACAUCAGAGAGGAAGCAGCAGCAGUGGGGGGCAGCUUAGUGCUGACCUGCCCUAACAAAUCAGAUGUAACUCUGGUAACCUGGAAAAUAAAGCCCAACACUGGAGGCCACUGCAUCUUGGGAUACAGGGCUGACUUAAAGCAGGCAAACAGAACAAACUGCACCGAGAAUAUAACCUGGAAAUCAGGACCAGAAUAUGACUCGGCCCUUCAGAUACGGCCCGUGGAAAGAGACAGUGAGGGAAAUUACACCUGUGAGAUGGCUGCAGGGGACGGGAAUUUCCAGAUGACCUACCACCUGACUGUGCUAGUGCUCCCCAAGGUGAGCGUGUACUGUGACAGCCGCGGGAAGCCCGUGUGCCGGGCAGCGGCGGGGAAGCCAGCCGCCCGCAUCUCAUGGGUGCCAGGGAGCAACUCCAGCCCCGAGCAGGAAGACCUCAGUGACGGCACCGUGACUGUGCUCAGCACCUUCGUGGGAAACGGCACCGAUGUGAGAAGUGCCAACUGCGUCGUGUCCCACCCCGCUCUGGCCCACAACGAGCCCAUAGCAUGUGGCUCGGCGGCUAUCCUGAGCAUUCUCCUCUUCAUCGCUCUCAUUUACUGUUUUAUGCUCCGCGGUGGCAGGCUGUGCAGCAAAAGCAAACCUGAAACUCCUCCUACACAUUCCUCACAGGAUGACCCCAUGGAGGUGGAACCUUAUACUACUUAUGUGCACAAAGAAAAUGUAAUUUACAACUCAGUGUCUGACCUGACGGUGGAGCAGAACCUUCCAUAA